GGGCGGGCAAAGUGUUCAAAGUUAAAGUGGUCCCUGGGCAAUAAGGGGAACAGCACUCACGCCAACACAUGCGCAACAGACAUAAAUGCUUGUGAGUUACAAGCGCGCAUGGCAGAUUUGCGCCCGGAGACGAUUUGAGCGCGCUCGCUAUUCAAGUCAUGGACGGCAGCGAACUGGGGGACCGUUAGGAGCCGCUGGCAAAAAGCCGCUUGAUUUGCAACACACAGACGCUGCACCCUAAGCCGCGACUGGACCCACGCUGCCUGACAAACGGAAUUAUCACAAAUGUGAUCAAUAAACCUAAAUGCUUUGACGGGGGAAUGAAAAAUCUCACCCGGUAGAAUCUUCCCCGUUAUACUUGACAGAAGACGCUGUGUGCCAUAUGCUCUGCGAAUUUCAGAGCAGCCUAUGGCAAGCCAUUUGUCCUGAUGCGGAGCUUUUGAUGGUUGCAGUGGGACGGAUAUCCUCAAUUUUAUCCAAUAGGCAUUCUAAGGUUUUUCUGUGUUGGGCGCUUUUUCAUCUCUCGUUGCGCUGACCUUAUUCACAGAGCUUUAAAUAGGUAAACGUUGACUGUCAUGCUGUAAAGAACAUCUGAUUUGAGAAAACCAUUGACUGGCAAUUCAUAUUUUUACUUUAUAUUUGUGUUUCUGUUUUUUGUCCUUUUGGUUAAAUAAAUUUUUUGUGGAUUCGCCUAGGAGACUGUUUCAGAGUGAGAAGCGGCCUGUAUACGGACUUCAUCCCCUGUUAAAAAAAAAAAACAAAAAAAAAAAACUGCAGGAUUUUCCUCAUCCUCAGUCCAGAGGAAUACCUUCAUGUCCGGGAGGCUACUGGUGCUCUGAGGGUUGAGAAUGGUGACCGCACCGCAGAUAAUCGCAACUCUCACUGAGUGCUUGGCAUUUUUUGCAGGCGAGCAUCUUGACUUGUGAUCGAGAGAGACGCGGACUGCAGCAGCCUCCAGCACCCCUUUUCACAUGGAGAUUUGUGUCUCGGUGGUACUGCAAAUCUUCAAAACGUGGACGGGGGCCCUGAUGAUUUUUUCUGCAUUGCUCUCGCCCUCGAGUUCUUUUAUUCGAAAAAACGCGAAAAUGGAUCUGAAUCACAGCUGGCAGCUCUUUUAGGAAAAACAACCACUGUGACCUACACACCCAGCUCCAAACUGUUAAAGGGGGAAACAGGAAGGCUAACACUAGAUGAACUAUGAAUGCGGAACACAAUGAUCUACUCCCUCCAACGCCAGACAAUGAGAGGUCGUAGGCUGAAGGGGGCACUUUCCAACCCCCUUUUUGUGUUGCUUUUGGCUCUUCAGAUACUGGUGGUGGCUGGACUAGUUCGUGCUCAGACCUGUCCUUCUGUCUGCUCAUGCAGCAACCAGUUCAGCAAAGUCAUAUGCACCCGCCGUGGUCUACGGGAUGUCCCAGAUGGCAUUUCUACCAACACUCGCUACUUGAACCUCCAGGAUAACCUAAUUCAGGUCAUCAAGGUGGACAGUUUCAAGCAUCUACGCCAUCUGGAAAUUCUGCAGCUGAGCAAGAAUCACAUCCGCAGCAUUGAAAUUGGUGCUUUUAAUGGGCUGGCGAGUCUUAACACAUUAGAGCUCUUUGAUAAUCGACUAACGACAAUUCCCAAUGGAGCAUUUGAGUACUUGUCCAAACUUAAAGAACUGUGGCUACGGAACAACCCCAUUGAAAGUAUACCAUCUUAUGCCUUCAAUCGGGUUCCUUCACUUCGAAGGCUAGAUCUAGGGGAGCUCAAGCGUCUCUCUUACAUUUCUGAUGGGGCUUUCAAGGACUUGACCAACCUGCGCUAUCUGAACUUGGGAAUGUGCAACCUGAAAGAGAUCCCUAACAUCAUACCUUUGGUUAGGCUCGAAGAGCUAGAAAUGUCAGGAAACCAGUUGGCUGUCAUUAAGCCCAUCUCAUUUACAGGCUUAGUGAACCUUCAAAAGCUGUGGAUGAUGCAUGCCCAAAUCCAGACUAUAGAGAGAAAUUCAUUUGAUGAUCUUCAGUCACUUGUGGAACUCAACCUGGCUCACAACAAUCUGACCUUUCUGCCACAUGACCUCUUUACACCAUUGCAUCAUCUGGAAAGAGUGCACCUCCACCACAACCCUUGGAAAUGCAACUGUGAUAUUUUGUGGCUCAGCUGGUGGCUUAAGGAAACAGUGCCUGCCAAUACCAGUUGUUGUGCUCGUUGUCAUUCUCCUUCAGCCUUUAAAGGUCGUUACAUUGGAGAACUGGACCACAGCUACUUCCAGUGUGAUGUUCCUGUUAUUGUAGAGCCACCCAGCGACUUGAAUGUGACAGAGGGCAUGGGUGCUGAACUUAAAUGUCGUACAAGUUCAUUGACAUCUAUCAGCUGGCUCACACCAAAUGGCUCUUUGAUAACACAUGGGGCUUAUAAGGUACGGUUGUCUGUACUCAAUGAUGGGACACUAAAUUUUACCAGUGUAACAAUGCAGGACACCGGGACUUACACCUGUAUGGUUAGCAACACAGCUGGAAAUAUUACUGCUUCUGCAGUCCUUAAUGUCACGUCUGUAGAAAACAGUGGAGUUACCUAUUUUACAACAGUCACCGUGGAGACCAUUGAGACCCCCGUGGAUGACAGCCAAACACCACUCCCUCCAUUUGGCUGGGUACCAUCUUCAACUACAAAGGGUAUACCUGUUUCAACAAGGACCACAGAGCGGACAUACACCAUACCAGUUCUUGAUGUCGAUGGAGAAGGAGCCCUCAAUGGUCUUGAUGAGGUGAUGAAAACCACCAAGAUUAUCAUUGGCUGUUUCGUAGCCAUUACACUCAUGGCUGCUGUUCUACUGGUAAUUUUCUACAAGAUGAGGAAGCAGCAUAACCAACAGGACCCUGAUGGCCCUGCUUCCUCCAUGGAGGUCAUUACUGUAGAAGAAGAGCUUGCAGGUGUUGCUGCUAUGGAGAGGCACAUACCGCUGCCCCCCCUGGAGCACUACAACCACUACAACACCUAUAAGAGCACUUACCACCACCCUCCUAUGCUCAGUACCAUACACAGCUCUGCCACACAGGAACCUUUACUGAUUCAAGCUUGUUCAAAAGACAAUGUUCAAGAAACCCAAAUCUGACCAUAAGAUUGACUACAUAUCCAAUAUUACCAGUCUACAACUGGAAUACCAUGGACCAAAACAUAAAAAUAAAUAAAUGCCGUUGACUUGACAGUUGAUCUUGACAGCACUUAGUCAGUGUUUGGCAAAGGGAUGGCUUGAAACUUUGAAAAGGGUCUUUACAAAAACAAAAGUUAUUUAUUAAAAAUGUCUAGUGGCUAAAUAAAAAAAAAACUAUUUGUGAUAGCUUUUUAGCUCAUUUUUUCUCUCUUUCUCUAUGUGUAAUAUUGGUCAAGGGAAAGAAUGGUUUAUUACAGAUGAAUCUGAACUGUAUCAAAUGCAGCUUGUAAAAACAACUGCAGGUUUUGUCCUCAAGCUCAAAUGUUUCUGAUUCCAUUAACCUGUUAAUUUGUUGAAGGACAUUGCUGUGUCCAAAAUUGAAGAAGCUUACCAGACAUCAAACAAAACAACUUAUGGCUAUUUUCCUAACCAUCAUAUUCCAGCUGUCACUCAGGAUGAGAUUAGAUCUUUUAAUGACACCGCUCUGGUUUAUAUCACUGUGGAACCAGCAUGCCUGCAGAGCAAAGCUGCCAAAUGAGUAAAUGUGCAUUUCCCCUGUGGCUCCUAAACAUCAGCCAUACAUCCUUCACUUUAAUUAAGAUUAAGGUCUUGCUCCCACUCUCCCUCCACACAUUUCUCUAGACUUCUUACCCUUAAUCAUUCUCCUUCUGUUCCUCCUCUCUUCUUUAUCUCAAAAUUAUCCAUUUCCUCGGUCAACGUUUGCCCUGUUUUCACUCUUCUUGUUUGUUUGAUUGCCUCUGUGUCAUCAAGCUUAAGCAUGUUCUUCACCCAUUCUCAUUUCUCAUUUGUCUUGCUUUGUCUGUGUCGCACACCGGCAAAAUAUUUCUUAGGAAAAUUAAGGGUAGCAUAAGGUUGUGCUCUGCAGCCUCCCUGUUAACCUGGUAAUGAUCUACGUCUACUUGGUGUCACGCCACCUUGCCAUCACCCCAGGGUCACACAAGCUCAGGCGCUGAUAGUCCAUCUGUUAGUUUGGAUAAAAAGGCAAUGAGCCUGCUUUGUAAUGUAGUGUGACCCUGUCACACGAACAGGGCUAGCAUAGUCAGUGAAGCAGUUAGGAACCUGCAACAAACUAAGAGAAGUUGUGUUAUAGCUCAUCAAUCUGUAUCAGUAGUUCAUUUCCAUACUAAUAGAGGAAAGCUGAUAAGAAAACAGCAUGAGACUUUGUGCCUGACAUCUUACAGAGGGUAGAGGGCUUUGAUAUUGACACGACCCCUGCUCAGUCUCAUUUUGGCAGAGGAAAGACUCAGACACUUUGAUGUCGCAUCAUUUAUAGACCAUCAAAACAUUGUUUCUCCUCCUGUCUAUUUACAUGCUGCGGUUUUCAUUUAGUCUUAGAAAAAAAGGAGGCUUAAGAAGGAGGAUAAUAGGAGUGAAAAGGGAAGAGCAGUGUUUGGGGUAGAGGCUAGACGGGAGCAGUCGUGAGGGGGUUCAUAUCAACAGGGGUCAUGAAAGGUCUUCAAACACAGAAAUUGCACACAUGAUGGGGGAGAAAAAUAGAUAAGAAAUAAGGAGGCAAACUAGCCAUCAGCCAGUCGCCAUGGAAACAGUGACCUUAUGUGGAACGAAGAGAUAGACAUGCCUUUUGCUUUGGUCCUUGUGCAUAGGCAUAUUUUAAUUUUCCACUCGCAGAAUUGCAAUGUUGGCCAAUUAUUAACCUAAUGGGAUUAAUUAAAUGUCUGUUUUCAGGCGGAUUUGGUGGAAUUUGACACAUAGUUGAUUGCACUGACAAACAAAAAUUAAGUAAAUUUUAUUAAUAUUUUCAAACAAAUCACUGCAGAAUAGAUAGAAACCAUUUAUGUGAAGCACCAUUGAUUAAAUUUUUUUUAUUUUCUGGCAAGUUUCCAAAAAUGUACAGUUAGGCUCAAAAGUAUUUAUACCCUUGGCAGAGUUAGAAUUUGUUAAAAUAAUCUUGACUAACAUGUUUCUUCUCACUGGAAGUGAUAAACAUUUUGAGCUGAUCCAAUAGAAGCUAAAAGACUUUAAGCUUAUUGCAAACAUAAAGAGUCAAAAACAUCAGUGGAGACAUGUAAAAAGCUAGUCAACAGUUAUAAAAGGUUUCAUUUCUGCAAUGACAAUAAAAGCUUUUGCAGUUAUUAGCGAGAAGGAUGGCAAUUUUUCUUUUAAUUAAAGAACAAAAUUAUUUUUCAAAAAUAUAUGCCCUUUUGAACAUUGUCUUACUAUCCUUUGGGCAGAUAUGUGUAUAAUUUAUAUCAGAAACAGACUCAUUGGUUGAAUUAAAGUAAUUUUAAAUCUGCCAACGGUAUAAAUAAUUUUGAGCCGCAUGACUGUAUGUUUGUGGAUUUUACAAUAAAUAUUUAACUAUACAAACAGAUGCAAAAUUUUCAGUUUUUGACUGGCAGGCACUCCAGACAGAUAAAACUGUAAUAGCGGCUGAACCGGGAAAUACUCACCACAGCUCUUCACUGUGGAUGACAAGAGUAGUGUUCCUAAUAAUAAGGACAAUGAGUAAACCAUUCUUUCCCUUUUCACUCUUUUCCUUUUUUCAAAGGCUCAGUUCCUUUUCAAUGCUUUUGGUGGAUUAAUGAUUCAAUGUUGAUGCUGGCUACAGUAAAAAAAAGGUUCAGAUUUUUUAUAUAUAUUUGGCGCUUGUGAGUCUUUCAGAAUGAAUGGGAUAUCUGUGUAUUGAUAGUUGGUUUUGGCAGGAUGACUUACCUAGAAAGAUAUUUUAUUGCUGGGAUGGAAUAGAAUGAAGAUUUUCGAGCAAAAUGUUGGACUCGACAUACCAGCAGACUGAGUUUGUUUUUUGUGCAAACCCCCAGCCAAGGUGAUAAAAUUCUUGUGUGUUAUUCUGCCAGCUGUCCAUAUAUGGGGAGGGUUAUCGUAUGUGGUGACAUUUUCUCUCAUUUUCUGGAGAGGAAAAUCAUCAUACGGCUAAAUUUCUACACUAAAAAUAUUUUCAAAACAUAAUGCAAAAAAAAAAAAACUUCAGAUCAUAAUUUUACAUGUGCACCAAGUUGUUAAAAAAAAACAAAACAAAAUGCAAAACAAAAACAAUCAAAAAAAAGAGUGCUUGUACGGAGUCCAAAUAAUUUCACUGAGGAUGAUGUUCAAUAUUGAUAACUGAGAUUGUAGUUCAUACUGUACAUGAAUACAAAUAAAAAAUGGCAAUUCUCUUUUUCCUA